AUGGCUAUUGAGGAUUCAUCUUCUCCUAAUGGCCUUCGUCUUGUGAUAGAGGACUACCCUUAUGCUGUUGAUGGACUUGAAAUAUGGAAUGCUAUUAAGACAUGGGUCCAAGACUACGUCUCCUUGUACUAUGGGACAGAUGAUGCAGUUGAAGAAGACCGUGAACUUAAAGCAUGGUGGAAAGAAGUUAUUGAGAAGGGCCAUGCUGACUUAAAAGAUGAGUCAUGGUGGCCUAAACUACAGACUCGUCAAGAGUUGAUCCAGUCCUGUAGUACUAUUAUAUGGAUUGCUUCGGCUCUUCAUGCUGCUGUUAAUUUUGGACAAUAUCCUUAUGGUGGUUAUAUCCUUAAUCGUCCAACUCUUAGCAGAAGAUUGAUCUCGGAAAAAGGAACUCCAGAAUAUGAUGAGAUGGUGACAAAUCCGCAGAAGGCGUAUUUGAAAACAAUUACACCGAAGUAUCAGACUCUUAUUAACCUUUCAGUUAUAGAAAUAUUGUCAAGACAUACUUCUGAUGAGGUCUACCUUGGACAGAGGGAUGGUUCAAAUUGGAUCUCUAAUCCAAAAGCAGUAGAAGGCUUUAAAAAAUUCGGAAAAAACCUUGAAAACAUUGAGAAAAAAAUCUCAGAAAGAAAUCAUGAUCCAAAUCUUAGAAAUCGAACUGGGCCAGCUCAAUUGCCCUAUACUGUGCUUCUUCCUACCAGUGAAACAGGUCUCUUUUCAAUGGUGGUCAAGGGAAGGGUGGUGUUGAUGCAGAAGAAUGUGCUUGAAACUGUAACCGAUGCCAAGGAGCUUGUUAGCUCUGCCAUCAAACUAAUGAGUUCAUCAGUGGAAUAUGAUAUCACUAAAUCAGUGUUUUUCAAGUUGAUUAGUCGAACCAAAUCCAACCAUUGCUCAAGAGAUGGAGCUGGGAAAGUUGGAAAGGAAACUUGUCUAGAGAAUAAUGUUUCUGUGUUACGAAGCUUGGGUGAGAGAAGAGAGGAAUUCGAUAUUUAUUUUGAAUGGGAUGCUGCUGAGAUGGGAAUUCCAGGAGCAUUUUACGUUAAAAACUUGAUGAAUGAUGAGUUCUUCCUUGCCAGUUUGACUCUUGAAUAUCCAUUUCCAGCAUGCCACCAGAACAAGGACAAAAACAAGAUUCACUUUCCAUAUCUUCCUGGGAAUCAGACACCAGGGACAUUACGAAAGUACAGAGAAGAAGAGUUGAAGAGUUUAAGGGGAGAUGGAACUGGACAGCGUCAGGAAUGGGAUAGGAUUUAUGAUUAUGAUGUCUAUAAUGAUUUGGGCUUUCUAGACAGUGAUAUACAACAGGAUCACCCAAUUCUUGGAGGCCCCCACUAUCCCUACCCUCGUAGGGUUAGGACUGGGAGAAAACUCAUCCACAACCCCAAGAAUGGUAGCGAAUACGAGGAACAAGGCCAGAAUUAUGUGCCAAGGGAUGAAAAAUUCAGUCACGUGAAGACAUCAGGUUUCCUUGAAUUUGGAAAGAAAACUUUAGCUGCAGGUGUCGAACCCUUGCUCGUAUCUUUAUAUUUGAAGCUCACAUCGAACGAGUUUAACAGCUUCGAAGAAGUGCAGAAAAUGUAUGAAGGUGGCAUUACUCUCCCUGUAUCUGUCACUGGCCCGGGUACUCAAAAUGUUCUUCAGUUUCCACCACCUCGUGUAAUUCAAGAAAGCAAGUUUGCAUGGAUGACUGAUGAAGAGUUUACAAGAGAGAUGAUUGCUGGUGUAAACCCUUGUGUAAUUCGCCUUCUUAAAAGGGAGGAUCUUGCACCGCGAAGCAACCAAGAUUGCCACUCUAAUCAAGCUAGUACAAUUACAAAAGAACAGUUGGAGAUUAACAUGGGUGGGAUCACGGUAGAUGAGGUAACGAUAUACACGGAUUAA